CUUCUGCUCUGAAAAAAUAUUAUGCAGAAGAGAAAAAGCUGUCUAGAAACAAAGAAAGAAUUAUCAACGCGUUUCAACGACGAACAAUAAUUCCAAACACAAAACCCUUUAGACUUUAACUUCAAAAUCCAAUUUUUAUUCUCUCUGCAACUUUUCAUUUUUCUUUCUCCUUUUAAGAUCCAACAACGUUAGCGCCGUUGUUUAUUUUACACAUAUAAUUUCUUCUGUUUUAAUCUUAUUUUUCAAUUAUCGUUGCUUUAUGUCCAAGUUUUCCUUGGAAAUUGAAACCUACGUUACUUUAAGAUUUGUCCAAGCUUCUUUUCUAUGAUUUUUCUUGGUUAUACUUUGAUUAGAGGGUUAUGGAGUGUUCUUCUUUGUGAUUAGGUUAUGGUGGUUUAUGAUUAUUGAUUUAUUAUCAGGCUUUUUUUGGGGGUUUUGUCUAGGUUUUAUUUGGGAUUGAAAAAAAGUUUUUUUUUGUUUUUGUUUUUAAUCUGUGGUUUCUUUUCCAGAAUAUAUAUAAGGUGAUUUGGGGUUUGUUUUAUUUUGAAAAUUUGGGGAUUGAUUAGGUUUUGGGUUUUUGAAUUUAGAUUGGGACUGUGAGAUUUGUGAAUUGGGGAUUGAGGUUUGGGGGUUUUCUGAGUGAUGGAUGAAGCAGGAAGUUCGAGUUCUUUGCCUCCUUUUCUGGCAAAGACUUAUGAGAUGGUGGAUGAUCGAUCCUCGGAUCCUAUUGUUUCGUGGAGUGCAUCGAACAAAAGUUUCGUUGUGUGGAAUCCUCCGGAAUUCGCAAGGGUUUUGCUUCCUAGAUUCUUUAAGCACAAUAACUUCUCCAGUUUUAUCAGGCAGCUGAAUACAUAUGGAUUUAGGAAAGUUGAUCCGGAACAAUGGGAAUUUGCCAAUGAUGAUUUUUUAAGGGGGCAACCACAUCUUAUGAAGAAUAUUCAUAGACGGAAGCCGGUUCAUAGUCAUUCUCUGCAUAAUCUUCAAGCACAAGCCCCUCUAACGGAGUCUGAAAGGCAGAGUAUGGUUGAUGAAAUAGAGAAGCUGAAACAGGAUAGAGAACAACUCCUCAUGGAGACGAACAGAUACCAGCAUGAUUGGGAAACGUAUGAGAUUCAAAUGCAUUGUUCGAAAGAUCAGUUGGAAAAAUUGGAACAUAAGCAACAAAAGAUGUUGUCCUCUGUUUCUGAAGCACUGCAGAAACCUAUGAUUGCUGUAAAUCUCUUGCCACUGGCAGAAGCCAUGGAGAGAAAACGAAGGUUGCCGGCGAGAAGUGGUUGCUUUAAUAAUGAAGCUAGUGUUGAAGAUGCUAUGGAGACUUCUGUAGCUUUGCCCAGGGAAAAUGCAGAGGAUAACUCUACUUUGACGUUAAACACCGAGAGAUUGGAUCAACUUGAGGCAUCCGUGGCAUUUUGGGAGACUCUUGCACAUGAAGUUGGCGGCAAUUUCGUUCACACUCAUUCAAACAUGGAUUUAGAUGAAUCUACAUGCUGUGCUGAUAGUUUGUCCAUAUCUUCUCAGCAACUAGACGGUGAAGUUCGACCUAAGUCACCUGAAAUUGACAUGAACGUUGAACCAGCUUCUGCUGCUCUUGAGGCUGUUGCACUAAAAGAACAACCUGCGAGAAUCACCACUGCAGCAACUGGGGUUAAUGAUGUAUUCUGGGAGCAGUUCUUGACUGAGGAUCCUGGUGCAUCGGAAGCACAGGAAGUGCAAUCAGAAAGAAAAGAUAAUAGUAGCAGAAAAAAUGAAGGAAAACCUAGUGAUCAUGGUAGAUUUUGGUGGAACAUGCGGAAAUCAAACAAUCAUCCUGAACAGAUGGGGCAUGUUAGUCAAGUAGAGAAAAUUUAGUAGCUAUUGAUUAUUUCUUCUGGUUGUGAUGCCCCACAAUCAUGUGUAAUAAAACUUGGUAUGCAUUGUUUUUGUCUGCAAUAGAUACAUAUUUCAUACUUUGCCUGAGGUGAAUGUUAUCAAAGAUUGUGUCCAUCCAUUGGUUUUUGUCUGCAAUAGAUACAUAUCGUUUUUGUCUGCAA